CCCGUGCACAGCAGCAAAUGCCAGUGCCAGAGCACAGCAGCAUCGCCAUGAAUGACAAGAUAUGCGUUUCGAAGACCAUGCUAUUGCUGCUGUUUGUCAGCAUCGACGGCGGCAGGCUGUCGAAGAUACACGCCGUGGAUGCAUUUGUCCCACCAAGGCCAGUAUCGUAUUCAACAGGUCGAGGGAUUUUGGAUAGUCGCUGCAGGAAUCGACCUCGGUGGCUGCAGCAGUUGAACCUACCAUUAAGGCUGUUGCAGGAUGAUCUCCUGUUGUCACGUUCUAGCCCCGGCAAGAAGAGCAGCUUGUCCAUGGGGGGUAAAGGAACGGAUCUCGGGGCCUUGCCUUGGAAGACCGACUCGCGGAGCGUCAGGGAAUGGCUGGGCCUCUCUGAACGGGAGAUAGACAAGCUGCGAGAGACGCUCACAUCCGCGUCACGCCGCAACCUCCUCGACCAGAGGCUUGACCUGCUGGCCAAUGGGCAAACCGACUCUGUGUUGGGGUUUCUCAGAGUGGAGUUUCGCAUGUCUAAGGCAAACAUUCGCUCUUUGAUAUCGAGGCACCCGCAACUCCUCUUCAUGCCUCGACAGCAAGCGGUGGAUCGAUGUUCCUGGCUGUCGGAGAAUCUCAGCCUCAGCAAGAAGAAACUCGUGAAGAUGCUGCUAAAGUUCCCCAGGUUGUUUGGGUAUAGCGAGAAGGGGAGCUACGCUCCCCUGGUAGAUUGGUUCAGAUCAUACCUGGGGAUGGACACUCGGGAGGUGGCGCGGUUGGUGGUCCGACUACCGCAGCUUUUCAGCUUCAAGCCCGAUGAGAACAUUGAGGACACGGCUAGGUUUCUGGAGUCGCUCGGGCUUAGCCGCAAGGAGGUCUGCAAGAUGGUGCUUUUACAUCCCGAAACUUUCAGCUACAGUAUCGAAGAGAAAGUAAUUCCAAUGCUCGAGUGGCUGCAGAAGGAGCUGAGAGCUUCACCCGACGAGGUGAUACAAAUGGUCGCCAGAUAUCCCAGCCUCUUAGGAUGCAGCCAAACGAAGAAUCUGGCGCCGAAGUUCUGCUUCUUCCGGACGACCCUGAAGGCAUCGGUUGCCGACAUUCGAGCGGCCGUGGUGGCCACACCGAGCCUCCUUGGCUACAGCCUCGACUAUCGCAUCUGCCCGAGGGCGACGCUGAUGGUUGAGAGAGGCAUCGUUCCCGACUUCGGCGAGCACAGGUGGCUCUUGACCACGGCCUCAGAAGAAAACUUUGAGCAGUGGAUGAAGGCCAACAGCGGCACAAGACGGCUGUAAACUACGUCGAGGUUGAAGCUGGGACAGAAGGGUAAAGAGUGAGCAGGCUUCGAGGAGCAGUGUUACCGGGCCUGUGCUCGCUGUUGAUAACCUCGGUUGGGGUGAUCGGUUUGCCCUAUCGUCGAGAACAAGAUGACGACGGGUUCGGAGAAGAUUCGCGGCCGGGCGCCCAGAAUCGAGCUACGUGAGCAUGGCUGGCCGAACGCUCGUGCUGUGUACAGGCGGGCGGGGAAACGCGCACUAAACAGACUUAAGGAACUUAUCAGUCCCCGCCUUGAAGGUCGCCCUUAUUUCGUCAGAAAUAUGCUCAAGACUGUAAGUAAACGCCGUCAAAGAAACGGACGAGUGACU